AUGACGUUCAACCUUGAGAGUGCGCGCAUCACUGCAUUGCCCGAUGAAGCUUUCUAUAUUUCCGACUUCAUUACGGAGGACGAAGAAGACUGGCUGCUUAGCAAGGUGAAAGCAGCGCCCCUUCCACGCUGGACCCAGCUCUCCCACCGCAGACUCCAGACAUGGCCAUCAGCGCUAACAAAAAGCAAUGCCCUUCUGGCGUCACCACUGCCAGCUUGGCUCAGAGCUCCCAUCAUUGAGCCUCGCUUCCAAGAACUGGGCAUAUUCAACGAGUCACCCCACAAAACACCAAAUCAUGUCCUCGUAAACGAGUACCGCCCUGGACAGGGGAUUAUGCCACACGAAGAUGGUGCAGCCUACCAUCCUAUCGUCGCCACAGUGAGCCUGGGCGCACCAAUCGUAUUGGAAUUUUACGACAAGCACAUUGGUCAAGACAAAGAAACAAACGAGCUCGCGACCAAUCGACCAAAAUACAGCAUCUUGCAAGAGAGGCGAAGCUUGCUUGUUACCAAAAACCAGAUGUACACUGAUCUGCUGCAUGGCAUUGCAGAAACGGCAAGAGACGAAAAUCUCGGCCCAGAGUUGAUCUGCAAUUGGGACCUCCUACGGGACAAGGAAGCCUACAGUUGUGGAUGGUGUGAGCGUGAGACAAGGACGAGUCUCACAUAUCGAGAUGUGCGUCAUGUUGCAAAGAUAGGUAAUACUAUGAAGUUUUUGAGGUGA